AUGCAGCAAGCUGUGGGAGAGCCACUCCCUCCAGCAGACCGUCAUGCCAUCAGCGUCUCUCUUCCAACAUGGGAAGACACACAAGCCUGGGCGACCAGAGACCCGGGCUUUAUUUCUCGGCUGAAGACUGGCUAUCCUCGGUUUUUUGUUCCUCUCGUGGUGCAGGAUCUGGCGACGCGGCUAUUGAACCUCGCUGUCUCUCGUGGGACGCUGUGCGGGAGUGAUGGUUCGUCUGAUUCACGGCUCACUCUGCUGUUAUAUUCAAGUGCCCAGUAUGCCCAGCAAUGCGUGGAAUACUUGAAAAGCAAAGACACAGCUAUAUCUACAUCUGUGUCCGCAUCCAUUCGUUAUCUCCGAUUUGACUUUGACGGAAACAUCUCCACGGAUCUACAACAAGCAGUCAAAGGCAAAGACCGCCGCGAACCAUACAGGUAUCAAGAGGUGCAUGGAGUUGUAUAUCCCGAGUCAUUCGGCGCCAAUGCCAAGGCCUUCUGGCAACAUACCGGCUACGGCAUCUCCAGUCGAUGUGCAGAGUUCUGGCUCGACAAGGCGUCGUGUAUUCAACAUGACAAGACAGAGACAGAAACAGGGGCAGAGACAGAGACGGGGUUUCCCCUCGAGGACGCUGAAAAGGCAAAGUGUGAUCUGCGGAUUCGUAUCGGCAACUUACUAUCAACACCAUCACUAUGCAUCGAGCCGAAGCAUGUAUUCCUGCACCAAAGCGGCAUGACCGCCAUCAGCAGCAUAGCAACUGCAAUACAGCAACUCCAUACCAGCACCGAGCCCUCCAAGGUUAUCUAUAACUUCGACUGCAUCUUCUACGGCCACGGCUCGACCUCCGAGCUAAACACCCUCGAAGCCGGACUCGCAGACAACACAAUCAAAAUCAACGCCCUCAUCACCGAAUUCCCAAGCAACCCCCUCCUCACAACCCCAGACCUCCACCGACUCCGCACCCUCGCCCAACAAUACAACUUCCUCCUCAUCGUCGACGACACCCUCGCCACAGCGGUGAACGUCUCUCUCCUGCCCUUUUGCGACGCCAUCUGCACAAGCCUCACAAAGAUGUUCAGCGGCCACUGCAAUGUAAUGGGCGGGAGCGUGGCGCUGAACCCAGCCUCAGAAUCUUUCAGCGCACUCAACAGACAACUAUCAGCAUCUUUCGAAGAUACAUAUUUCCCUCUCGACGCGCUCUUCAUGGAUCACAAUAGCCGCGAUAUCAUCCCGCGCGUGUCCCGCGCCUCGGCCAAUGCCGCGCGCAUCGCUGAGAUCUUUCGGAGGCAUCAUGCUGUCGCGGAGGUCUUUUACCCGCAGGGAAGUGCUACGCAGCGCGCGUAUGACCGGUUUCGAAAGACAGGAGGUGGGUAUGGGUUCUUGCUUUCGGUGAGGUUUAGGGUUCCUGCAGCGGCGUCGGCCUUUUAUGAUGCUUUGCGUGUGGCGAAGGGACCAAGUCUGGGGACAAACUUUACGCUGUGUUGUGCUUAUACGUUGCUGGCGCAUGCGACGGAGAUGGAGUGGGCGGCUGGGUAUGGGGUUGUGCCGCAUUUGGUUCGCAUUAGUGUUGGUAUUGAGGAGGUUGAUGGGCUUGUGCGGGCUAUUGGUGAUGCUCUUGCGGCGACGGAGGAUAUACGGGGCUAG